GUAGAAACAGAAGCAGAAGAAAGUGUAAUGUUAUCCAAAAACAAAAAGUGCUUUCUCUGUUAAGAGAUUUUGUUUGGUUUCUCAAAUUAUCUCUCUUUCUUUCAUUUCUAAAGCAAAAACAACCCAUUACCCACUACUCUCUCUCUCUUCUUAAUCACAACACAGAAGAGAGAGAAACCAAACAGAGUGAAACACCCUUUCUUUCUUCUUCUUGCCCUAGAAAUAUGUAUUCUGAUAAGGACUUUUGCUCAGUGUUUCCGUAUUGAAUUAUUACCUUCUGGGUUUUUGUAGUUAUUGCUCUUCUUCAAUGUGUAUCCACCCAAUUUCCCUUUUUUCUCCCCCCUGCAUUACCCUUCUCUCUUUUCCCCUUUCUCUGUUUGUUUGAGAUUCUUCUGCUUCUUCUUCUUUUUAUUUUUAUCUUUUGUUUUUUUUUUUCUCUCCUAAUUUUCAUCUUCUUCUUUGCAUGUUGUUUCAUUGACAAAAAUGGGGAUUUGGGUGUUUUUGUGUUUUUGAAUGAAUGGCAUUUUGAUGUUUUCUCUCUUUUGUUUGAGUUGAUAAAGGGGAGAGAGAGGAGUGGAAGCAAAACUGGGAAAGUGUUAUUUUCGUUCUCUGUCCUGUUUUAGCUCCUUUUUUCUUUUAGCAUUUCUCAAAGUUUGUGGGAUUUGAGUGGUUUUUUUUUCUUUGUUUCUGGAGUUUUAACUUUCUUCCACCCUUUUCCUUUUCUUUGCUUUAUUUUUUUUUCCCCUCUCACGAUUUGAAGUUUAUUCCUGAAAAGAUGCUUGGUGUUUAAGGUUGUUGAUAACGUGCUGCUGUUGGUUGUGGACCGGUUUUAGUUCCUCUGUUCCCUCUAUCUUCAACCUCAAGCCUUUUCUUUUCUUCUCUCUUUUUUGUGUUCUUAUCUGUGUGCCAAGUUGUUCUGUCUUCUAAAUCAAACCCCCUUUUACUCUUUUGUUAUGAUUCUUCCCUUUCCCUUCAAUUCUUCUGCCUCUUUUUAACUUCCACUUUUCCAGCUUCAUUUCCGAGAAAUGCAUGGUUGUUUCAAUUUUCUAUUGACAUCCUGACCUUGUAGAGACUCUCCUUCCUGUGUUUUUGCUGUAGUCAUAGUACUUCUUCUUCUUGUUGUUUAGAUAUCAAGUUAAGUAUCAGAAGUAAGUAGAUGGAUCGAAGGGAUCCGAUGGCGUUAUCGGGGUCGCAAUCGUUUUAUAUGCAGAGGGGAAUUAGCAACUCUGGGUCUGGAGCACAGGGUUUGCGUUCCUCUACUAACCCAAAUGUGGCAUUUCAAACCAACACUGGAGGGAACAAUGUUGGAUCAGGGUUGCCAAUGGACCCUAACUCUGGUAUUUCACCUUAUGGUGGCAAUGUAGGCGCUCAAUCUGGUGGAGUGGUUGCCAGCGAGCCCGUGAAACGCAAGCGAGGCCGCCCACGCAAGUAUGGAACUGAAGGGACUGUCUCUUUGGCACUCUCUCCCUCCCCUUCUGCUGUAAAUCCAGCCACUGUAGCUUCUUCCCCAAAGCGUGGAAGGGGACGGCCUCCCGGCUCUGGAAAGAAGCAACAAUUGGCUUCUCUUUGUGAAACACUUUCUGGGUCAGCUGGCAUGGGUUUUACUCCACAUGUUAUCACCAUUGGAAUAGGAGAAGAUGUUGCUGCCAAGAUCAUGUCAUUUUCACAGCAGGGACCAAGAGUUGUAUGCAUCUUGUCAGCAAAUGGUGCUGUUUCCACUGUUACUCUUCGUCAGCCUUCAACUUCAGGAGGCACAGUUACAUAUGAGGGGCGUUUUGAGAUAAUAUGUCUGUCGGGCUCUUAUGCUCUUGGUGAAAUUGCUGGUUCUAGGAACCGCACUGGUGGUCUUAGUGUCUCCCUUGCUAGCCCUGAUGGGCGUGUUAUUGGCGGUGGGGUAGGAGGAGCACUUGUUGCAGCAACCCCAGUUCAGGUGAUAGUAGGAAGCUUCAUGUGGGGUAGUUCGAAAUCAAAGUACAAGAAGAGGGAAGCUAUUGAAGGUGUGAUUGACUCGGAUCAUCAGUCUGUAGAUCAUGCAGUUGCAAUCGCGAGUGUGCAGCAGAAUCAGAAUCUGACUCCAACAUCCUCAGUUAGUAUGUGGCCAUCCUCACAGUCUCUGGAUAUGCGUAAUGCUCACAUUGACAUUGAUCUGAUGCGCGGUUGAGAGCGAGAACAAGUUCAGUUAAUUUUUACAAAGGUCUUUGUUAGAGUACUUGUGAAAUGUGUAGGUUGUGAGUGGGAUUGAGUUUGGAUUUAUGUUGCUGUGGUUAGAUCCUGAUUAUUGACAUUCUAAUUUGUAGUUUAUGUUUCUUUUGUUUUCCUAUGUUAACCAAUGAAACAUGAAUCCAAGUCUGGCUUUGUGAAAAUUCUCUCUGAUUCCAAUCUCACA